AAAUGUUGGCAGAAAUACCUCCAAACCAAUAAUUUUUCACAACUCUGAAUACUGCUUUGAAAUGCAGUUCUCGCGCAUCUAUUGCCCUCUUGAUCUGCCGAGAAAGAUGAGGUAGCUGUGUGCAUUAGCAUGGAGCUGACUUCCCGCAAUUCCCGGCAGCACGACGAGCCGGAUCUCAACUUGAAAGAAUGGGCUCUCAAGGCCCGAAUCAGCCGCGAGAAUACCAGUUCCAGAAGAUUUUCAGCGUCGAAUCUCAGGAGUUUCAGAGAAGACGCCAAGUCGUCUUUCAGAUCCAACCUCACCAUUUCCAGCAGUACUGCAUCCUCUCCUGGCUACACACUGAGAGAGGAAAUCGACCCCUCAACGUACUCAUUCUCCACUGCCCUGAAAGCAUUACAGGCAAAAACUGUGUAUACAUGGGAACACCUAUCACCAGAUGGCUACACUCUCAACUCCAAGUGGAACGACGCCGAGAAAUACAUAUGCAAUCCCCUAUCAGGAGAAGUCCCUCUGGAGUGUUUGUCAGCCAAGACGCUGAGCGGGAGAUCGUUCCGCAGCGUAACCAGCAGGAUCACAAUGUCCGCUCCGCUCAUCUACCCUUCUCAAGUGCACCAGUUUCAUGCCAAUUCUCCCAUCACUGAACAUGAAACUCAAGUCCAAGUUACACCCCAAGAGAAGAAACCGGGGGCGAUGCGAGACGUGGGAACGCAGAGCACGCCGGUGCUAGUAAGUUCGAGCAGUCCAUGUCCAGCGCCCACUCCUUCAAUUGAGGAAAGAUCAACAAAGGUGAUGAGUGAGGCAGACGGCGGAGAUUCAACACCUGUUUCCACUGAAAAACUCAAGUCUGAAACAGAGGUGGAAGUGAGAGAAAGAAGAGAGGAGGUGCAGUGCAGAAAAGGAAAUGGAGGAGAGAGAAAGAAGGAGAUGAUGUGCAGGCUAUGCCUAUCAUUGAGGGGGCUGUGGAGGAGAAGAGUAGAGAAGCAGCGCAAACCAAGAAGCACCACUGUCCCACCUCACUCUCUUUACCAUUUCAAUGCUUGCUCAGAAGCAUAAACCCUUCUCAUCAAAUACACCAAUUCUCCUUAUUGUACGUCGUCGUAGCAAAUAUGAUAAGGAUCUGUACAUGUUCUUUUAUGAUUAUGGGCUGGGGACAAUGCACAUCAUCUCUUUUCCCUCUUCA